AUGAUCCCCGGACUGCAAAGUUUUCCGGGUGAUGUCAUCCACUCCUCAAGCUACAAGUCAGGCAAGAGCUACUCUGGCAUGAAUGCAUUGGUCGUUGGAUCUGGCAACUCUGGAAUGGAAAUUACUUAUGACCUUGCGGCCCAUGGUGCCAAUACUUCAGUUGUUAUACGAAGCCCGCCCCACCCUACGGGCACUAUAUAUUUUCGGUGGGUACAUGGCAAUUUCUUAUUAUAG